CAGUGUUCUUUCUGUACUGCUUGGAAGCUGACAUUUGAGACAAGCUGCAAAUCUGUGCGUCGUUGUAAGAUCAGAUUUGAAUGCGUCUUUAUGUUAUUAUACUGUACUGUAUGUCAUUUGUUGGAAGUGUUUCAAUUAAAUGUCCCACGUUAACUAGCUUCGUAGUUAGUCUGCUCUGGACUUUGCAGUCCUUCAUUAUCAAAGUAGCUAGCAUCAAGCUAGCUCAGGGUAGCUGUUUCUAGCAGGUUCCCUCCCACCCAUUCAGUUACUUUUGUCAGAGGUUCCCACCGUAGGGAAGACUAGUUUAUUUGGCUAACCAAAUGAAUACAUGUUUACCAGACACACGUCUUUGCAGCAUUUUCAUUGACAGCUUCUGGCUAACAAGCUAGCUAGCCAGCUACCACUGGAAAGGUGUGCUGCAGGCAGGUAGAUGACAUGCAGGGUGAGCCAUGGACCAGAUCACCUUCCAUUAUGACACGGUGCUGUCUGACAUUCACCUGUUGCUGCCCAACUCUCGCCACCUCAUGGCAUGCCUUAACCGCGUAGGACAACCAGUGUUCAUCUCCCGGUUCAGAAUCCUGUGGGACGGAGCGAAGCAGGACACCUGUGACCUCGGUUCCCCCUGCGGAGGGGAAGAGUUAGACCGCGACACCCAGGAGGAGAAGGGAAGGGAAGAUGCUAGGGGGAGUGAGACAGGGGCUGACGGAAGGGAGGACGGAGGGGACGGAGGGGAGGACGGAGGGGUAGAACCACCCCUGGAUGAAGAUGGAGAUCUAGAGGUAACACGCAGACAGAGCCUCCCUAGGAGGGACAGAGACCGAGACAUGGUCUACCCCAUCAUCCUCAGCCAGGCAAGAAGAGAGGAAGAGGAGGAGGAGGAAGCGGAGGAGGAGUGUCCUAGAGACGUCAUCAGGAUAGAACACACUAUGGCCACGCCUUUAGAAGAUGUUGGUAAACAGGUCUGGCGUGGUGCGUUCCUAUUGGCUGAUUUAAUCCUGUCUCAGCCAACUACGUUCAGAGGAGCCACCGUCUUGGAGUUGGGGGCGGGGACUGGGCUGACCAGCAUAGUCAUGGCAACGGUGGCCAAAACGGUGUACUGCACAGACGUUGGGGAGGACCUACUGAGCAUGUGCCAAAAGAACGUGAUGUUAAACAGACACCUGAUGGAGCCUGCAGGUGGGGAGGUGCGAGUACGUUUACUGGACUGGCUCAGACACGAUCUCUGCACAGACGCUGAUACAGAGUUUGGAUGGACGGAGGAUGAAGUGGCAGAUCUCCAUGACAACACAACGGUUAUCAUCGCGGCUGAUGUGUGCUAUGAUGACGAUCUGACAGACGCGCUGUUCCGAACUCUGUACAGAAUCUGUAACAACCUCCAUCUCCCCUGUACUACAUACCUGUCUAUAGAGAAGAGGCUGAACUUCACUCUGAGACACCUGGACGUAUCCUGCGAGGCCUACGACCAUUUCCGCCACUGUCUGUGUGAGAUGCAGGAGCUAAGGGACGGCCGGACAUGCUUCACAGUGGAGCAGGUCACCCCCUCCUUCCCACAGUGCCUGCUGUAUGAGCGCAUAGAGCAGCUGGAGUUGUGGAAAGUGACAGCGGUGCCUGUCUAACCCCCUCAGAGGAGCUGAUCUGCUCCUAGACCUGCACCUUGACCUGCACCUUGACCUGCUCCUACACCUGCUCCUACACCUGAGACAUGGAGUUUUCUGAUCUUAGACCUAGUGUUUUCUGAACCUCUUGUGGUCAGUGUUGAUAAGGUAUUGAUACAAUAUAGAGAUUAUUUAGAAACAGUACCAGUCAAAGUUUGGACACACCUAC